AUGGCAUUCCAUAGUCUUCCCGCUGGAUAUUAUCCUCCCCAAGGACCACAAAGACCGUCACCUAUUUCUUAUGAACAGAACCCUCCUUCUUACAUGCAGAGCAAUGCCUUUGCGACUCCUUAUGUUCAACAGAAGCCUUCUCCAAUGACUACACCUCAAUACUCAUAUGACCCGCCUGAUUCCUCUUCUCCCGGGCGUCCUAACUCGUCCUCCACUACUUCAAAUCCACAAACCUCAACGCAAUCAGCAACCAGUAGCAUGACAAAAUUAUUCGGUCUCAAUGAAGAAGUUCAAGUGCAAAUUGAAGGCCGCAGAUGGGUCAUCGGUAUAAUCAUUAGCGUAUUAUCUCUCUUCGAUAGACUGGGCUAUGGCUACAGGGUCAAGUAUGCCAGUACGAACGGUCGGUGGAAAGAAGGCGCUUUUCCCGUUGACCACAUCCAACCCAGGCAUUAG